CGGCGACCCGCCCGCCCCUUCCGGCCGCGGCUCGGAAGCGGCGGGGCGGAAGCGGCCGGGGCGCCGCGCCGGGGCGGAUGCGCGGGCGGGCGGCGGGGCCGCUGUGCCGGGGGCUCCGCGGGAGAGGCCGCCAGUAUCCCAAGUCUGACCAUCAAAUAUGAUUCUUUGCCUGCUACACGAAACUCCUUAAGUACUUCUUUUGCCAUUUGGCCACAUGGCUUCAACUACAAUGGUUCUACCACACAGUAGCAUGCAACAAGCUUUAGAACUGGCAUUGGAUCGUGCUGAGUAUAUCAUUGAAAGUGCCCGUCAGAGACCUCCCAAAAGAAAAUAUUUAUCCAGUGGAAGAAAAUCUGUAUUUCAAAAACUUUAUGAUUUAUAUAUUGAAGAAUGUGAAAAAGAGCCUGAGAUAAAGCAGAAGCUGAGACGAAAUGUGAACUUACUUGAGAAGCUGGUUAUGCAGGAGACGUUGUCAUGUCUGGUGGUAAACCUCUAUCCAGGAAAUGAGGGUUAUUCACUGAUGCUCAGGGGAAAAAAUGGUUCAGACUCUGAGACCAUUCGUCUGCCUUAUGAAGAAGGAGAGCUGCUUGAAUAUUUGGAUGCAGAGGAACUACCACCUAUUUUGGUUGAUCUUUUAGAAAAAUCUCAGGUUAAUAUUUUCCAUUGUGGAUGUGUCAUAGCAGAAAUACGGGACUAUAGGCAGUCUGGCAACAUGAAAUCUCCAACCUACCAAAGCAAGCACAUUCUUUUGCGACCUACAAUGCAGACUUUAAUUUGUGAUGUGCAUUCUAUAACAAGUGACAACCACAAAUGGACACAGGAGGACAAACUCCUACUUGAGAGCCAACUUAUUUUGGCUACAGCAGAGCCUUUGUGUCUUGAUCCUUCAAUAGCAGUGACCUGUACUACAAACAGACUCCUGUACAACAAGCAGAAGAUGAACACUCGCCCCAUGAAACGGUGCUUCAAAAGGUACUCAAGGUCCUCUCUGAACAGACAGCAAGAAGUAGCUCACUACUCAACUCCACCUCAGCUCAGACUACUUGACUACUUACAGAAAAGGAAGGAGAGGAAAGCAGCCCAACAAUAUGACCUCAAAAUUUCAAAAGCUGGAAAUUGCGUAGAUAUGUGGAAACAGAACCCUUGCUACUUGACUGCUCCUUCUGAAGUAGAUGUGGAAAAAUAUGCCAAAGUGGAAAAGUCUAUCAAGUCUGAUGACUCACAACCAACUGUCUGGCCAGCACACGAAAUGAAGGAUGAUUAUGUGUUUGAAUGUGAAGUUGGUAAUCAGGUUCAAAAAACAAAACUGACCAUUUUUCAGUCUCUUGGGAAUCCCUUGUACUAUGGUAAAAUUCAGACACUCAAAGGUGAUGAGGAAAAUGACAACCUAUUAACUCCCUCACAGUUCCUUAUUGGUUCGAAGACUGAUGCUGAAAGGGUGGUGAACCAGUACCAGGAGUUAGUGCAAAAUGAAGCUAAAUGUACUGUGAAAAUGUUUCAUAAUUCAAGUGGAUCAGUCAGUCAUCUUUCUCCAGGGAAGGAAAUGGAACAGCCAGAAAGUGUGUCAGGCUCUGUUCAGUCUUCAGUACUGGGGAAAGGUGUAAAACACCGACCUCCUCCUAUCAAAUUACCUUCAAGUUCAGGAAGUAGCUCUUCAGGUAAUAUUUUUAGUUCACAACAGUCAAGUGGCCAUCUAAAAUCCCCAACUCCACCUCCUCCCUCUAAGCCUGCUGGUCUUUCUCGGAAACAAUCUAUGGAUCUUAAUCAAGUUAGCAUGCUGUCUCCAGCUGCCAUGUCUCCUGCGAGCUCUUCACAAAGGUCUGGAACUCCUAAACCAUCUACUCCUACUCCAACCAACACCCCUUCAUCGACCCCACACCCUCCUGAUGCUCAGAGCUCAACUCCUAUUACCCUUUCUGCCACCCCUACUCCCCAAGAUUCAGGCUUCACCCCUCAGCCCACUUUGUUAACCCCGUUUGCUCAGCAGCAAAUGUCUCUGAGCCAGGCACUGCCUGUAAUGACCAUUCCUCUUUCCACCAUGGUAACAUCCAUUACUACAGGAACAACCUCCACCCAGGUCAUGGCAAACCCUGCAGGACUUAACUUCAUCAAUGUAGUGGGCUCUGUGUGUGGAGCACAGUCACUGAUGAGUGGUUCAAACCCUAUGUUGGGGUGCAACACUGGUGCCAUAGCCCCUGCAGGUAUAAAUCUGAGUGGCAUUUUACCCCCAGGAGGUCUGGUACCAAGUGCGCUGCCCGCUGCAAUGCAAUCUGCCUCCCAAGCAGGCAGCCCAUUUGGUUUGAAAAAUACAUCAAAUCUUCGGCCCUUAAAUCUUCUACAGGGGUCUGACCAAGGUCCAUCCAAUCAAGAUCAGGCAUUAUCUGCCCAACAAGCUGCUGUAAUUAACCUGACUGGAGUAGGGAAUUUUAUGCAACCUCAAGCCACAGUGUUGUCUCAGCUUGGCUCUGCCGUGAACAGACCUGGGCAAAGCCUUCCUCAGCAGAGACUCCAGCUCUCUUCUGCCUUGCAACAGCAACAACAACAAGCCUUGCAGCAGCAGCAGCAACAGAUACAACAGUUGCGAUUCUUGCAGCAUCAAAUGGCUAUGGCAGCGGCAGCAGCACAAGCAGCUCACCUGCAUCAUCAACAACAUUCAGGCAGCCACUCAAAAAGUAAAAGGAAAAGAGGCACACCAGCCCCUCCAAAAUCAUGAGACUUGCCUCCCCGCCCCAAAAAUUGACUGGAAGGGGAUUUUUUUUUUCAGAUUAUUAAGGAACAGGCUUAAAAUAAAAUUAGUGUUUUAUAUGACUGGUGGGAAAAUGAACUUUUGACAUUACACUAAAAGAAAUGAACUGAUUUUGGAAGCCAACCUUACAGAACUUAGAAAUUUCAUCUAUAAAGCGGCUAGGAUCUGGUUUCCUCUAGUCACUUAAUUUUUUAACAGAAUGUUUUAUCUUGUAUUUUUUACCAGUCAACAACAUUGUACAUAGAAUAAGGGUGAAAAACAUUUUAGAAAAAAUGAACUUUGUAAAUGUAGUAUUGGUAUUUGUUUAUUUAGUAUAAAAGGUUUGUGAACACUGUAACAAAUACAAUUUUUACAAAUCCA